AUGUCGGAAAGCUGGCAGCAGCCACCGCAGACGCAGCCGCAGCAGCCGCAGCCGCCGCAGCCUCAACACCACGCAGAACCACCGCCGGCCCUGGCCGAGCACACACUGACCCCAGGCACAGCUGAGAACCCCCUGGGCUGUGCCGUCUAUGGCAUCCUUCUGCAGCCUGACCCGGGCCUGCAGCCCCCGCAGCAUGCGCCCCUGCAGCCAGCAGGCGAGCCAGGCCCCAAGUGCGGCGUGUGCGGUCACGACCUGGCGCACCUGUCCAGCCCGCAUGAGCACCAGUGCCUGGCAGGCCACGACCGCUCGUUCCAGUGCACGCAGUGUCUCAAGAUCUUCCACCAGGCUACCGACCUGCUGGAGCACCAGUGCGUGCAGGCCGAACAGAAGCCUUUUGUCUGUGGCGUCUGCAAGAUGGGCUUCUCGCUGCUCACGUCGCUGGCGCAGCACCACAGCGCGCACAGCGGCACUGGGGGCCUCGUGAAAUGUUCCAUCUGCGAGAAGACCUACAAGCCCGCCGAGGCGGCUGAGCCCGCGGCCACGGCCGCCCCUUCGCUGCCCCCGGCACCCCCUCCGCCCGCCGUAGCCCCUGCAGAACAGGCCGACAAGCCCUACAGCUGCCCCAUCUGCCAGAAGCCCUUCAAGCACCUGUCGGAGCUCUCGCGGCACGAGCGCAUCCACACAGGCGAGAAGCCCUACAAGUGCACGCUGUGUGACAAGAGCUUCAGCCAGUCGUCCCACCUGGUGCACCACAAGCGCACGCACAGCUCGGAGCGGCCGUACAAGUGCGCGGUUUGCGAGAAGACCUUCAAGCACCGCUCGCACCUGGUGCGCCACAUGUACGCACACUCGGGCGAGCACCACCUGUUCCGCUGCAACGUGUGCGAGCUGCACUUCAAGGAGUCAUCCGAGCUGCUGCAGCACCCGUGCACGCCCAGCGGGGAGCGGCCCUUCCGCUGCGGCGAGUGCCAGAAGGCCUUCAAGCGGCCGUCGGACCUGCGGCAGCACGAGCGCACGCACAGCGCCGAGCGGCCCUUCAAGUGCGACCUGUGCCCCAUGGGCUUCAAGCAGCAGUAUGCGCUGAUGCGGCACCGGCGCACGCACAAGACCGAGGAGCCCUUCAAGUGCGGCCUGUGCGAGAAGGGCUUUGGGCAGCCCAGCCACCUGCUUUACCACCAGCACGUGCACACCCUCGAGACCCUCUUCAAGUGCCCUGUGUGCCAGAAGGGCUUCGACCAGUCGGCCGAGCUGCUGCGGCACAAGUGCCUGCCGGGCGCGGCCGAGCGGCCCUUCAAGUGCCCGGUGUGCAACAAGGCCUACAAGCGGGCGUCGGCUCUGCAGAAGCACCAGCUGGCCCACUGCUCGGCUGCCGAGAAGCCUCUGCGCUGCACCCUGUGUGAGCGCCGCUUCUUCUCGUCCUCCGAGUUCGUGCAGCACCGCUGCGACCCGGCCCGCGAGAAGCCGCUCAAGUGCCCGGACUGUGAGAAGCGCUUCAAGUACGCCUCCGACCUGCAGCGGCACCGGAGGGUGCACACGGCGUGA